AUGGCCGCCGAGCCGAGUAGGCUGUUAGGCCAAGGCAUGGGCAACACGGUCGAGGACGAAGACAGCGACGUCGAUGCUGAGCACGAGGAGGACGUGGACAUGAUCCAGCCUGCGCCGUACAUGGGCCACAGCCAACCGCUACCCGACGAUGAGGGCUCCGAUAUGGAUGCCGAAGGCGAGGACAUCGACGCUGAAGGCGAGGAGGUUGAUGACGAUGAGGAUGCUGGCGAGCCAGUCGGAGCAGUCAAGCUGCAGCAAGGCGAUGACAUUGACGCCGAGGGCGAAGAGGACGACGAGGAAGCCGUGCUCGACGACUCUUCAGACGAGUCCAAGAGCAGCGAGAGCGAGGUUGAUGCCGAUGGUGAAAGUGACUCGGAGUCGGAAGGGGCAAAUGAGUGGGAGGGCCAGAGUGAUACAGCAGAAGAGGGCGAUGCCGAGAUUGUGGACCCCAAUCGCUGCGUCUUCUGUGGUCAGGACGAGGAGCAUGAUCCCAGCGAGGAGUUUGAGGAAUAUCUCUCGUGCGCUGUAUGCGGGGACAAUGCCCAUCGGCAGUGCGCUCGCGACGCUAACUCACUUAAGACUGAGGAAGAUGCCGAGAACUGGCGCUGCACGGCUUGCGUGGAAAAUGAUCUGGAAGCUGAUGAGGAAGAGACUCCACGCCCUGCUGUUCGGCGGCGUUCUUCUGCUCAAAAGCUCACCAGAGACUUGUUGCCCGCUUCCCGAGGGACCAAUAAGCCCGACUCGCAUUCUGUGUUCAACACCUUGAUCCACCCAGAUGAUCCUAUGGACGGUUCCCGCUCGCUCAGGAAACGCAAGGCAGAGCCGGAGGAUCAGCCGCUGCCUGUGCGUUCAACUCGAAAGCGACGCCGAUCCUCUCAGACGCAAACGCCAUCCGAGCCUGACGCCGACGACUCGGAUGCCUCAUCGCCAGCCCCAAUCCGCGUGGCUUCGCAACCGGUGGUAACGGACGGUGAGAAAGAGUCGGAUGAGGACGAAGGGUCCAACGCUAUUAGGUCAUCGCGCCGAACGCGGCCAAGAAGGUCCGCUUCUCAAAAGGUUGACCAGCCCGGUGCCAUAAUCCUCAAAUCCACCAACAAGCAACUCGUCGUUGCCUUUACGAAUUUAGACACAUCAAAGCUGCGAGAUGUACUAAGUUCAACUGCAAAACAGAAGAAGCGGAGAGCCCGUGACCGGGCCAGGAGAGCUGAACGUGCAGCCGCGGCCGCUGCCGAACCCGAAGUCUCUCACUACCCGGCGCUCCAUAAUAACUUCACCCAAUUCUUCGGCUUCGGCGAUCGCGAGAUGGAUGAAUCAAAGUCCAAGCCUUAUGGAGGCAUCUUAUCUGAAGCGGAAGCUGAUACGAGCAAAACCUUUCCUGGUGGCGCAGACCGUAAACGCUUUGAAGAUGCACGUCUAAAAGCAGAAGACGACUGGAAAAAGAAGACCGCUCAACUAGGCACGUCUAGUGAUCACAGCCGCAGCUCGAAGGUGUCGGGACCACCAAGCAAGAUCAAAUGCAUCAAUUUUGGAGGGUACGAAAUCGACACGUGGCACGCUGCGCCGUAUCCAGAGGAAUACAGCCGGAACAAAGUCCUUUAUAUCUGCGAGUUCUGCCUCAAGUACAUGAACUCUGACUACGUUGCCUGGAGGCACAAGCUCAAAUGUCCUGCAAAACACCCCCCAGGCGAUGAAAUUUACCGUGAUGGACGUUUUUCCUUUUUCGAGGUCGACGGACGAAAGAAUCCUGUCUACUGCCAAAACCUCUGUCUCUUGGCAAAACUCUUCCUUGGCUCCAAAACGCUCUACUAUGAUGUGGAGCCAUUCUUAUUCUACGUCAUGACGGAAACAGACGAGUACGGAUGCCAUUUCGUCGGAUACUUUUCCAAGGAGAAGCGGCCAAGCAGUCUGAACAACGUAUCCUGUAUUCUCGUUCUGCCAAUCCAUCAACGAAAGGGCUUCGGGCACAUGCUGAUUGAAUUUUCGUACCUCCUCACGCGAGUAGAGAAGAAGACCGGCUCCCCAGAGAAGCCGCUAUCGGACAUGGGUCUCGUUUCCUACCGGAGUUACUGGCGGCUAAUCCUUUGUUACCAGCUCAUAGACCAACGCGGACCCAUCAGUAUCACAACCAUCUCCGAGAGGACAGGCAUGACGGCCGACGACAUCGUAUCCGCUUUGGAAGGCCUGCGUGCUCUUGUGAGGGAUCCUGUUACUAAGAAAUACGCCUUGCGCCUGGACUAUGAUUACUUCCGUCAGUAUAUCGACAAGUUUGAGGCCAAGCAGUAUCCGCAGAUCAAUGCCGAGUGUCUUGUCUGGACUCCGUAUGUGAUGGGACACAACAAUCUCUCUCACUACGACGAGGGCCCACCUUUGCAGACAGUUGCACAGCGUGAGGGCGAAGACGAUGAAAAGGUCGCGCCAGAAGAAGGGGUGCAAAUGACAGAGGCUGCUGAGCAUCCAGAGACGAAUGGCCAUCAAUCAGACAAUCAGAAUGAUGAGGCCGAAGGGAAGGAAGACGUGGCUUCUUCCGGCGAUCCCCAAAGCCCGCAGAGACCCAAAACGCCGAAAGCGAAAUCCACCGGGUCUAUCAAGUCAAACCCCUCUACCCCACAGGCCAACGGCACCUCGCGUCAGGAAUCAACACCAGCCAAAAACAAUCCUUCAGCCGGCAUACCACCCACUCGCUUUGAGGUCUUUCCGCCCAUUCCUGGCACGGCCGCGAAGAAGCGUGGACGGCCAUUCUCUUCCAGCAGCAGGCGCAACGUUACACCCGUUCGGAGCUCUACGAGGAGCGGCAAAACUCUCGGUGGCGCUAAACCGGAGACACCGCUCGCCGGACAUGGCAAACCUCUUUCUAUGCCUUCUGGACGCCGUACAAGGAGCAAGCUCGGAGAGAUUGUGGUAAACGGGCUUGAUGGGGCCAACGAUAGCCGGCAUGGGAGCGAGGAAAAGCCAGACAAUGUAAGGGGAAUCGGCAAGGGAAAGGGGGUCGGCAAGACUCGAAGUAAUGGCUAUUCAAAGCAGAUUGAGGAAGACGACGACGACGACGAUGCUGCAACGGCUAUGAGCGAAGAUGAGGAGAUUGGUAACGGGAAGGGCAAGUCUGCCCCUUCGCUUGUCGAGGUUGGCGAGGAUCUAGAUGCCGAUGGUGAUAUCGACGCUAUUGGUGAAGACGACCCUGAUGUCUGA